AUGGCCCAGCUCCAGGAUCUUUCUCGCUCUCUCCUCGCCGCCGGUGGUGCGAUGCACCCCGAGGGCAAGGGUACUUACUUGCUCUACACUGACGACGACUCCCUCAUUUAUAAGCUCUGGACCGGCACAGAGUUCGAUGAGUCCGAUCUUAUUGCCACCUCUAUCCGUACCGGCUCCCCCGCAUCAUACCUCCUCACAGACGAUAUCCGCCUUGUCGUCUGCAUUACCUCCGACAAUACCGUCCGCGUCCUGCGCUACGAUAAAGACGAAGAGGAAUGGACCGACGACGACACUAUCCCACGCUAUGAGGUUCACUCUGCCGGGCAGCUCGCUGCGUGCCUGGGAGUAGAUGGGCGUCUCAAUACGUUCUUCCAGGACACGUCCGGUCGUCUCAUCUUCCUUGACGAGUCCUGGAACCCCACCGUUCUCCCUACCGAUGUGCAGAUCGGUAGUCCUAUCGCCCUCACGAUCGUCGAGAAGAAGGAGGACGCGCACCUGUACGUGUUCUACAUGUCCAAGGACAACCGCGUGCAUUUCGUCGCGCAAGACGACACGGGUAGCUGGAGCGAUAGCACGAUGGUGAACUGCCAGGUGGAGGAGAAGGUCGUGCGCUUCCGUGUGGCGCUGAAUGAGCAGAUGGAUGCGUUCGAGGCGUACGCGCUCACAGAUGGGAGGACUGUGCUGCAGAUCACGGGGAAGGGAGAUGGCCAGAAGAACGAGCUGGGGAAGAUAGAUCAGGACGGGGUGUUUGUCCCGGGUACGAGUGCCGAGUGUGCCGCCUAUGUGUGGGUGAAGGUGAAAGUGGUUUACAAGUAUGUGAGGGUGCGCUAUUGCUGCUGGUAG